AUGGCGGCGGUGCGGGCGGUGCGCGGGCUGGUGAACGGCGCUGGGCCCGGCGGGCCGCGGGACCAGGUGGCGGCCCUCACCCGCGACUACCUGUCCCAGCCGCGCCUCACUUAUAAAACUGUAUCGGGUGUGAAUGGUCCCCUGGUUAUCUUGGAUCAAGUUAAGUUUCCUAGGUACGCAGAGAUUGUCCACUUGACUCUUCCUGAUGGCACAAGAAGAAGCGGGCAGGUUCUGGAAGUCAGUGGCUCCAAAGCUGUGGUUCAGGUAUUUGAAGGAACUUCAGGUAUUGAUGCUAAGAAGACGUCUUGUGAGUUUACUGGGGAUAUUCUUCGAACCCCUGUCUCUGAGGAUAUGCUUGGCAGAGUAUUUAAUGGAUCAGGAAAACCUAUAGACAGAGGCCCCAUUGUUUUGGCUGAAGACUUCCUUGACAUAAUGGGUCAGCCAAUCAAUCCUCAGUGCCGUAUCUAUCCAGAAGAAAUGAUUCAGACUGGCAUUUCAGCUAUAGAUGGUAUGAACAGUAUUGCCAGGGGGCAGAAAAUCCCCAUAUUCUCAGCUGCUGGCUUGCCCCACAACGAGAUUGCAGCUCAGAUAUGUCGCCAAGCUGGCUUGGUGAAGAAAUCCAAAGAUGUGAUGGACUACAGUGAAGAAAACUUUGCCAUUGUGUUUGCUGCUAUGGGUGUGAACAUGGAAACUGCUCGGUUCUUCAAAUCAGACUUUGAGGAAAAUGGGUCCAUGGACAAUGUGUGUCUGUUCCUGAAUCUGGCCAAUGAUCCAACCAUCGAACGCAUUAUCACACCUCGUCUAGCUCUAACAACAGCGGAGUUCUUGGCAUAUCAGUGUGAGAAGCAUGUGUUGGUCAUUCUGACAGAUAUGAGCUCUUAUGCUGAAGCUCUGCGAGAGGUUUCGGCAGCUAGAGAGGAAGUGCCUGGCCGUCGUGGUUUCCCAGGUUACAUGUACACUGACUUGGCUACUAUAUAUGAGCGUGCUGGGCGUGUGGAAGGCAGAAAUGGUUCCAUUACACAGAUUCCUAUUCUUACCAUGCCCAAUGAUGAUAUUACUCACCCUAUCCCUGACUUGACUGGAUACAUCACUGAGGGACAAAUCUAUGUGGACAGACAGCUGCAUAACAGACAGAUUUACCCGCCUAUUAAUGUCUUGCCCUCCUUGUCUCGACUGAUGAAGUCAGCUAUUGGAGAGGGUAUGACCAGGAAGGAUCAUGCAGAUGUAUCCAACCAACUGUAUGCCUGCUAUGCUAUUGGAAAGGAUGUACAGGCCAUGAAGGCUGUAGUUGGUGAGGAAGCUCUUACCUCAGACGAUCUUCUUUAUCUGGAGUUUCUGCAGAAGUUUGAGAAGAACUUCAUUGCUCAGGGUCCUUAUGAAAAUCGCACUGUUUACGAGACCUUGGACAUUGGAUGGCAGCUUUUGCGAAUCUUCCCCAAGGAGAUGUUGAAGAGAAUUCCUCAGACUACACUGGCUGAAUUCUAUCCUCGAGAUUCGACUGCAAAACACUAGCCACAGCUUCAUCUCUAACUCCUUGCUCUGUGAAAUGCUGUUUGUUUUCUUUUUUCAUGUGUUGGUGUUUACUUGUCGCCCUUACAAUUAAAACCAAGAAUAGGUGA